AUUUAUUUCCCCCGUGGUUUAUGUUUAAACUAGGCUGUAAUUAAAUAGCGUAGUUGGUAAGCAUGAAGUUAACAUGGUGGUUGAGAACGCGUGCUAAGUAUAAGUGUGGGUAGUUGAACUGGUAACAGAAAAGUAUAUUUUUCUCAUUUAAAGUAAAUAUAUAAGUUAAAAAAUAUAUACGAGAACGAUCGUGCAAUAUAUAUGAAUUUUAUGUAACACACACUCUCAAAAUAUGGCAGAAUCAGUUGGACCAAUACUUCACGUAAUUGUCGUCGGAUUUCAUCACAAAAAAGGAUGUCAAGUAGAAUACUCAUUUCCUCCUUUGGUACCUGGAGCUCCAAAUGAGUGUCCGUUAGGUUGGAAGUAUUUACCAACCCUUGCAUUACCAGAUGGAUCUCAUAAUUAUGACGAAGAUACAGUUUACUUUCAUUUGCCUAGUCUGAAUAAUCCAAAACGUACAAUAUAUGGCAUUUCAUGUUUUAGACAAAUUCCUGUUGAGAAAUUGAAAAAUCGCACAUCUGAUAUAACAAGAGGUACAGUUCAAAAAUCUGUCUGUGUAUUAAGCACUUUACCAUUAUAUGGCCAUAUUCAAGUCAAAAUGGCAUUGAUAACACAUGCAUAUUUUGAAGAAGGUGACUUUAGUAAAGUAUCAUUGUUGGAAGAUACUUAUCAUCAUCUUAAUUCUUGUAUGAGUUGUGAGAGUCAAAUACCUCCACAAAUCUUUGUUGGUUUAUCCGCAAGGGAUUUCAUAUUGCAGUUUCGCCAUAAAGUUCUUUUACUAUUUAAACUGCUUCUGUUAGAGAAAAAAAUAGUUUUUUAUCAGUCGCCAGUUCAACCAUUAUGUGCUACUAUAUUAACAUUACUCUCAUUGUAUCCUGGUAUGAUAGAACAUGGUUUACAACAAGCUGCAUGUGUCAGACCAUCCAGACCUAUGUCUCCUAUUCCUACAUUUGAUGAAGAAGAAAUAUCAAUAAAUAGCAUUGAUAAUAAUUUAACUUCUACGAAUUGUGUCAAAGAAAGCAUAUCUGAUAGAACGACAGUACAUAUUAACGGUAAUUCUGAUAGAAAUUCAUUAUGCAUAAACGAUAAUAAAGAUAUUGAAACUAUGGAAGGUAAAUGUAUGGAUGAAUUUAAAAAUAUAACAGUACAAAAAAAUAAUAAUGAAAAUGAAAAUUUAAAUAUGAAAGUUAUUGAAGUUGAGUCAGCACAAGAAUGUACCAAAUCUUAUUCAGAAGAAAAUAAUUCUAUAUAUUCUUCGAAGCCAAAUGACAAUAUACACAGGGUACAGAGUAUACAUACAAUUACAUUAAGUACAACAGACACCGAUAAUACAUUGCCACGUGAUACAAGUAAUGAUGCUCUUUCUGAUGCACGUUUAACAAAUAAUAUUACUCAAAUUGCUCAUAUAAAUCCAGAAUUGUGUGGUUUACCUUUAAACAUAUUUACAAAGGGUUACCUGUGUUUGCCAUACCUAUCUUUACCAUACUUAGAUCUUUUGGCAGAUAUUAAUGUUAGAGGAUACAUAGUAGGUGCAACAAAUGUUUUAUUUAAACAGAAAAAACAACUUAUUGAUGUAUUAGUAGAGAUUGAAAAUACGAGGAUAGAAACAAGUGAUCCAGAAUUAAGGAGACAAUUGCAUCUUACAACUGAAGAUUUAAGAUUUGCAGAUUACAUAGUCAGACAUGUAGCAGAGCCACGUAAAGAUAUAUUUUUGGAUGGUGUAGGAUGGGAAGGUGGAGAUGAAUGGAUUAGAACUCAAUUUCGAGUUUAUUUGUUGAGCAUGUUGAGAACAUCUAUGCAGCAAGAUACUCGUCAAUCUGAUCAUUACAAUUCUGCAUUUAUAGCUGCUUGGCGCUUAACGAAUAACUAUAAGAUAUGGAGUAGUUCUAAUAAGUCAGAAAUUAAUAAUAUAGAACCGGGUCACCCAUUUGCAGGACAAUUGUCAGUACAGGAUAUGAAAUUACGAUUAUCACAUACAAUGCAAAAUACAGAAAGUGGUAGAAAAUUGAAUCAAGCAAUGGCAUCGACUGGAAGAGCGGUAGCAACGACUGGGAAAGCUGUAGGUGGUGCACUGUCACAAGCUAAAGGAGCUUUUUCUAACUGGUGGAGUACAUUAACGACAGUUCAACCAGUAGAGGAAGGAAAAAUUGCUGACAAUCAAACCUCAACUAUACAUCAAACACUUUCAAAUAUAGCUAAUAAAACUGCUGUUGAAAAUGAAGAAAUUAAUGUAUCUUCUAGUAAUACAGAUUUCGGGAUAGUUACGGAUUAAUACGAACAGUUAUACAGAUUCCAGUUAUUUAUUAGAAUAACUAUGAAGCUAACGUUUAAGGAAUCAUCUCGAAGUGACCGAUUUUGAUCGAGUUUUAUUAUAUCUUUUUUUUGUUUUAUUUUUAUUUAAUUUUUUUUUUUUAUCGGCAAUCAUCCACAUUAUAGAUUGAAAAUCUUGAGAAUCAGUAAAUAUAGGGAAAAUGGUGAAAAUAAAUUUUGUAAUUUUUUAAUAGAAAGAAAAAAUACGCUUGUUUUUAAUAAUAUAUUACAAAUUAUUACAUUUUGACAGAUUUCACCUGUUCGUAUAUAAAUGAGAAUUUCAUAAUUCACUUCGGGAUGAGUCCUUGUCAGAUAAAAAAAAGUCUGAGAUUGGAGCCUCCAUAUCCAAUAAAUAGGAGUAACACGAGGAAUCAUCGAGGGUGCCUUAGUGGAGUUGCAUUGGUUACAGUUGGCUAGCCGACAAAAUAUGAAUGUCGCGGGUUCGAUUUUUGCUACCAGGGCUCUCAUUUUUUCUCGACUCCUAAAAGAGUGAUAGUACAUUUACUAUCUUUAAAUAAAUAUGGUAGAGUUUAUUCAUACUAUGCAAAUAGCAAGUAUGUAAAACAGAAAAGUUAGAUAUUUCUGAAAAAUAGGUCUAAGAAAAAAUAUAAAUUACGAAACGAAUAGUAAUUGUAAUAAAAUUUUGAAUAAUAGAAUGUAUCAAUGUGAUAAAUAUGGUGAGGAAAAGUAUAAUGUAUAUUAUAUUUUAUAUUAAUGUUUCGUUUGUAUAUUAGUUCGUUAAUUAUUUUCUUUUCAUAAUUGUCGAUCUUGCUAAUCGAAAAGAGUGUUUUUUCACUAAAUUAUUUUGCAAUGAUAUUUAUUUUUAUUCGUGCAGUAAGUUAUAUUUUAUUAACAAGUACCUGGAUCUUUAUCUUGCGUAAGUGUGCGUGUGUAGUAAUAUACAUAUAUAUGAGAGAAAGGACAACAAAAUGGAAGAAAGUAUUUAAAUAUUAUUUCAAUAAUAUAUAGCAUAUUUGUAUUUAUUGGUAGUAUUUUUUAUGCGGAUUAUCAUCCUUGUUUCAAAGUCAAAAUUUUUAUUUAAUUUUAAAUAUGGAUCUCUAUAUAACAUAUUUGUACAUCUUAUCAUAUAGUAGAAAAAUGAAGAUACUUAUAAUUAGUUUUUCUUUUUAUAAAAAUUUAAUAAUUUUAAAACAAAUAAUAGAAAUACAUUGUUUAUAAUAUAUUAUUGCGUCUAUAUAGAUGAUAUAUGAAGUAUAAAAAUCUUAAUUUCACGCUUGUAACGAGUAUAUAGAGAGUAUUUAUAUUAUGUUAGACUAAGCAGUCAUCAAUGUUUGUAUUUAAGUAAAAUAGAAAAUGCAUUACAGAUUUUUUUUUACCAACUUGUAACAAUAUUUUAACAAGUAUUUAAUAUAAUUUUUUACAGUUAAAAACAUUUGUCGAUUGGGUUUAAAUAAUAAAACAAAAUAGUAAGAUAGAGCAUAGAUGAAAUAUUUAAGUAAAGAUGCAUUGCCUACUAGUUACAAUAUUCAUGAAAUUUUUAUUAAAGAAGUUAGGGAAAGUUAUUAAUUAAAAUUAUUAACGAAUAUGUGUGUACAAGUUAAUUAAAACGGUAAGUAAAUUGGUAAUUGCGAAAUUUUGUCUAUAAUUAUUAGAAUUUUAAAUUAAUUAGUAUGAAAUUGUAUUAAUUAAAAAAUAACAAUUACUGUACACGUGCCAAAUUUUCUGGCACAGGAUUUAUAAUUUACAAUAGGGAAAAGGAAAAGUGACUUGUGCGAGAUUUAUCAGUAUGAGAAAUUUUUUUACAUGUAUGUAUUUGGCUUUCAUACUAUAAAACUAUUAUACUAGUCAUCACGUAUAUGAAUGAAUAUAUGUACGUAUGUUUGUAUUAUGUAUUAUAUGCGUAAAUUUAUU